AUGUCGGAAGUGCCCAAGAAGACUCCUGCAGAGGCGAAGAAGCUCUGCGACAGCGAGGGCUUCACAUACGUGGACGUGAGGACCAACGAGGAGUUUGCGAGGGGUCACCCGACGGACGCCAUCAACAUCCCAGCCUUCGCCAUCACUGGCGACGGCCCCAUGCCGAUGUCCAGCACGUUCCUCAAGCUCAUUCAGACCAACUUCCCCAACAAGGAUGAGAAGCUUGUGAUCGGAUGCCAGGCUGGCAACAGGUCUGCCAUGGCAUGCAAAUGGCUGUCGGAGGCCGGGUACACCAACAUCGUUGAAAGCAACAAGGGAUUCUCCGGGUGGUAA